AUGUUAGGAACCAUAGCACUUGCAGCCAUCUUGGUAUACACCUUGGCAUACCUUGUUCUAUGGCCCAUUGUUUUAUACUUUUGGGAUCCAAAGGGUGUUAGAAAGUAUCCGAAUUUCUCCCCGCUGUCUGGCAUUACCGGCUUUCGACACUGCUACCUAGCUGCUCAGGGGUUUCGCUCAAAGCAUUUGUACGAGGAGCAUGCCCGGCGAGGUGAGCCAGUCCUGAGAAUCGACCCAAACUCCCUCUCGUUCUGCGACACAAGAGCGAUCAAAGGAAUCUACGGCCAUGGCACCAAGUGCCUCAAAGAUCACAGUUAUGUGGUACUCGCUGGCUCUCACAGGCAACUCUUCGACGUCGUGGAUAAGAAUGAGCAUUCUCGAAAGCGGCGGCUCCUCUCUGCUGCGUUUGCAAUCAAACAUCUUGAAAAGUGGGAGUACAAGGUCACAUAUACAGCGGAGCGUCUUUUCAAGGCUUUUGACGCCAAGUGCACUCCCCCGCUCACCGCCUCCGUCCCCGAUCCUGAUGAUCUGAACCUCGACUUUGGUCACUGGAUUAAUCUUUGGACAAUCGAAGCCAUCAACUACAUCUGUCUUUCGUCGGAAAUGGAUCUGCUUGACACUGGCACUGACGGGGUCACUGCCGAGAGACGCGACGGCACCAUGUAUCGUGGGCGAUAUCGGUUCAGUAUGAACCAGAAUGCAUGGGCGCAAGCUGUCCUAGUAUGGGACUACAAGCUCUGGCCCUUGGUCAAGCGGCUGUCGCAGAUCAUCCCCAGCCAGUACCAAACCAAGUGGAAGAAUGGCGAGCCCUGGGACGACAUCAUUUACCACCAAGCUGCCUCGCGGCUCCGUCGUCACCAGGAUGGAGAAAAGCUCGACGACUUCUUCUCAUGUCUCAUGCACGACAAGGACGGCGAGCCAAACAACCUCGAAUGGGGCGAGAUUGUCGCCGAGAUUGCCCUCGAGCAUUUGAUCAAGCACCCCCAGUACAUGAAGGCCCUUCGCGAGGAAAUCGACGCCGUCAUGGGGCCGGACGAGGUCAUUGCGUCGUAUGAAAAGGUCAAGCACCUUCCGUACCUGCGCGCCGUCAUUGACGAGUCUCUCGCAUUAUCCCGUCCACCUCAGCUGGCCUGCCCCGUCGAACGCCGCCCGAGGGAUCGAGCAUCAUCGACGAGUGGAUCCCUGGCGAUACAAGUGUGA